AUGAUUAAAUCUGCAUCUCGUUUGGAACGUUUGCGUCAGUGUUUUAUCUCCCAUCAAGUAUUCGAAGCUCUACAACCGUUAUUUCUUAUCACCUUCCUGUAUGGUUUGACACCAUUCCGGGUGGCGAAAAACAAUAAAGGUGUAACCACGGUACAAAUGUCCUUUUUCGGUUUUAUAAAUAUCGCGCUGUAUAUCCUGUUGUAUGGGGCGUGUUAUAUUGUCUCGCUGCUGCAGGAUGAAACUGUGGUCGGUUAUUUCUUUCGCACGAAAAUCUCAAAUGUUGGAAAUACUUUACAAAUUUGUAAUGGCCUGAUUACGGGGGCUGUUAUUUAUAUAUCGGCGGUGACUCAGCGACGGAAGCUGUUACGGGUCUGUGAAAUUCUUUUUAAUUUGGAUGAGAAUUUUGCCAAUAUUGGCAUUCGAGUGAAAUAUUCGCGAAUCUAUCGCUUUUCGAUUGUAAUGAUAAUUUUCAAAAUGUUGGUGAUCGGAUGUUAUUUUGCGGGAGUGUUGCAUCUGUUGAAAUCGCUGGGCAUCACGCCAUCCUUUAGUGUUUGUGUAACGUUUUUCCUGCAACAUUCUGUGCUGUCCAUAGCGAUUUGUUUGUUCUGUUUUGUGGCAAGAAGUUUUGAGCGACGUUUGGUGAUUGUCAAUAAGGUAGGUGUAAUGUAA